AUGGAGUAUAAAAGUGUGGGCCAGGUGUGGUGUUAUAGCGGGAUAGUAUACGACUUCCACAUUUAUACUGGAAGUGGGUCUGGAUCAGUUGAUAAUGAUCCAAAUUUGGGAGUUGGUGGGAAUGUUGUCAGACACUUAACCUCCUCCCUUCCUGAGAAUGUUGGCUAUAAAGUGUAUUUUGACAAUUAUUUCUCAUCUGUCUAUCUCUUGCAAUUUCUGAAGGCGAUAGAAAUUUGGCUGGUAGGCACUAUUAGAGUUGACAGAUUGAAGGGUGACAAGAAAGUCCUGCACGACAAGAAAAAAACUCAAGGGUCUAGCGACUGGUGCGUGGAUGCCAAUUCCAAUAUCACAAUAGUACGCUGGAUAGACAACGGUUUAGUGCAACUGAUCACCAACCAUAUUGGAAAUGCUCAGGGUAGUCUUGCACAAAGAUGGUCAGCUCAACUAAAGAAUUAUGUCAAGAUCGAACGACCCCUUGUAGUGGAGAGUACAAUAUGGGUGGUGUAG